AUGCACUUUCUUUAAGGCCUAUCAUCAUGUAAGUCUGAGCAUCAGCGCCUCUGUAAGCACUGCUUUUUUCUCUUAGUUUGGUAAAUGAAAAAAGCAGUCAUCUACUAGCUGUUGAUUAUCAUCUUGGCUGCGAUAUCUAAUGGCUGAUCGUUCCGGGCAUGGACCAUGUGGCAGGAGUAAACGGACGGGAUGACUAUGGUCAUAUUAGAAACUGCGUUUGUAUAAGUGCUUACUACUGGGUCAGAUGUAAGCGCCUACUCUUGGGGGAUCAACGUCCUGUGUUUCUCCUUGUAUCUUAGUGCUAUAGGAUUAGUAGUCUUCUAAUUAUAUGAGGCGAAAACGCGGAAGGGCUACUUGCGGCGAUUUUUCCAGAACGAUAAAAACGAGGAAAGGGUCAAGAUCGCAGUUUUAGGCUGGCAGACGGUUCGGCCUGCUGUGAUGAUCUCCGGGACGCAAAAAGACCAAGACCCGAACUUUGACGCGACGCCGAUCUUGGUCAAGUUUGCGUCAGGUCGUCUGCACGGAACGACAGAAGCAGCAGCGCGGCGCUACCUUAAGCGCCUACCGAGUGAUCCACAGAUCGGAACGCCGGGCACCACAGUGUGCGGGGAUGCAGUGGCCAGAAUCCUGCUGACGAUGCUGCACGUUGCAGAACGUUCCUCCCGCUACUCAGAUGCGUACCCGGGGCGACUCUGUUUGUGCUCCAAGACUUACAAUCCGUUCGAGUACGCUGAUGAAGCACGAGACUUGGCGUUAAGGCUGGCUGAUAGUUGAGUAGUGUGGUUUUAAUUCUUAGAGUCUGUUGUGGUAGUUCUAUCUCUAAUCGCGGAAUGCAAGGACCGACAGUACUUGGACAGCUUCACGAUUUUCAUGCGGCACCAGAUAAAACGAAACGGAAUUGAGGACCCCGAUACCCAAGAGCAGCUAGUUACGGGCGCCAUCAGCUCAUCACAUUUUCUUCCAUAUGCGUAAUUCUUUAUGCUACUUAGUUAUUCUUCGAAGUGAUGGGCUGGUGGUGGUGGUGCUUGCAUUGCUCUAAACAAAACGCGUUUGCCCACAUGGCAAGGCCGGACAACCUUCAAUGUGAGCGGAACUUGAGGGAUGUCACUCGGUGCAUUCUACUCGUACUAGCUGACCCUUUCU